AUGUCUCUCCAGGCAACCGAAAGCGCUGUCAAGUACCGCAGCGGUACCAGUGGCGGUGCGUGGGAGGUCAUUAUCGACAAGGCCGUCUCCUUCGUCACGGAAUACCUCGCCUCCACCACACGCGAGUUCGACCCGGCAGCGCCACUCUCGCAGCACAUGCUUCGCCUGAUUGACCGGGGAAGCCUAAGAGACAUUUUAGUGGAGCGCAAUUACAACGAGCUAUGCGGAUGCUUUGGGUGCGGCAACAAGCCACGGGGGAUUCUCGCUGCGGGCAGUGGUGCGCUGUCCUUCGAGUGGCACUCCGCGUUGUCCUCGUCCGCAUCAAGCGCGGAGAGUGACGGUGGUGUUAUUCACGAAGAGGCCGAUGGGCUCAGUCAUGGCGCGCACAGGCGCGGGCAGGGAGGGGCGGCAAACGACGCAGCCGCAGCGGCACAAUCCACUGAGGAUCAGCCGGACGCGGAUCCUGAGGAGAUCGUGUACGAGGAGGAUCUGUACACGGUGGAGUCUUUCCGACUCGCUCAGCGCCAGCGCGCUAUUCUGAAUCGCAUGCAGCGCAAGAAGGUGAUGCGCGAGCAGAGGGCAAUGCGAGCUGCCACGAUGUCGGAUGGUGCUGCUGCUGCUGCUGCGGUGGGACCAGCUCCGGUGGGGCCGGGCGGUACCGCACUGGCAGCCUCGCGUGUGUUGCGUAACGGCUUGCUUGGUGCCAGUUUUCCACAACGCUUCUGCAGUCCCGAGUGCGAGGAGGCGUACGAGUCGACUGUCAUGCCGCGCGUGUCGCCCUACUUCGCAUACGACUACCCGUCCGUCGUCGGAGCCAUCACGAGCCUGUUCCCCAACUUGAGAGUGGCUGUGCUGCAGCAACUGGCUGGUGCGGAGACGUCCGCUGCGGGACUAGUGAAGCCCAUCCUGGAGACCCAGCAGCAGGAAGACGGAGGUGUGCCAACUGAAGCCUCCGCCUCUGGUAGUACACUGAAGGCCGUGCAGGUGGGAGCCGUUUACGAAAGCACCGAGCUCAACCGUUGCAACCCGAGCAAGCGCAUGGCGAGGGUAGUGCACCGCGCACGCAGCGCCGACGUGGCAGCAAAGAUGGAUAAUGCGUCCUCGGCACCGCUCCUUCGCGAGGUGCUUGAGCAGAUGCAUGUGCUUCGGCACGUGUGGAACAACGAGGUGGCGCCGCGCUUAUGUGGAACGCACCUUCCGCGGGUAGUGGAUGCCGCUGCCACCAUUCCACCUCCUACGAGUGCAGUCGCUGCAGCGGGGCACUUUGGGUAUGCACAGGUGCUGACAUCGCUUCCGCCUCGGCCAGUCCUCCGCAACUCGCUACUGGUCUUCGACUUCAUUAUGAACACAAGCUGCGCACAAACGCGUCGGCUCUUUUAUGCACACUAUGCAUGUCACCGUCCCGCGCUGCAGCGGUGCCUCUCUGCCGCCGCCUCACCGCGCGCACCCACAGCAGGCUCGCUCUUCCACAGCGUCUCGUCGGAUAUCAUCUCUGAGUUGGAAAAGAGGCAUAUUAAAGCCUUGGCGGUGGCUGGCGUCACUGAUGGAUCCGUUGGUGACAUGGCCUUCGGGACUGAGGAUGAGGGCCUUCGCGUGGACCCGGUGCUACAGCAGCAGCGCCGCGAGCUGCUUGUCUCGCACCUCUUUUCUGAGGACGUGACGGCCACGCUGUCUCGUCUUCUCCUUGUAGACUACGCCGUCCUGUCCAACAUGGCGUGGUCGGGCGUGUGGUUCUCUAGCAUGCCUCUCCGCCUGCCUGGUGAACAGCAGAACAGCUGCUGCUCCCUACUGCACAGUCUUCAGUUCCCCUUCGCCAUUCCAGCGGUGCUGUUGCAGGCUGUAGAGUCGACGCCAGAGGUGCUGGGGCUGGCUAUGGUUUUCCUGGCCGCCGCCGGCUGCUGCUCCGCGGAUGUCUGGUGCGGCUGUAUGCGGGAGGAAGUGGCAUUUGACGAGGUCGCAGGGGCAAUUGGGCUAACCCGCGACGACAUUGCCGCAGCGGUGCGAUCGUUGAUGUUGGGCGAGGGGGUAUGA